CCACAAAGUCGAGAUGCAGGCGGCUGCCUUCAAGGAUAAGAAACGGGGGUCCCCGGCCCAUCGGGAAGGUGCCAAGGACCCUGACUACGAGAAUAUCACCUUGGCCUUCAGAAACCAGAACCAGCCAAAGGGUGGUCACCCACCGCCCACGAGUCAAGCCCAGCCCAGGUCACCCUUGGACCCUGCCCAGGUCCCCCACUGGCCGUACAGGGCCAUCAUGAGCCUGUACAUCCUCCUUGCUGUGGCCCUACUGUUCUGCAUCAUUCUCUCGGCUCUAGUCAUGGUGAAAAAUUUUGAGAUAUCCAAGGAGGUGCAGGAUUUGAAAACGGAGCUUUGGAAUGUGUCAAAGUUGAUGCAAGAGUGUGAGAAGAGGCAGGAGGCGAACCGCCACUCCAUUCAGCAGAGCAUCUUCGAGGUCAGGAAGAAGGUGGAGAAGCUGGAGACGCAGCCAGCAGAAAUAAACAAAAUCAGCACAAGCAUAGAGAAAAUCUUACAAGCUCUGGAGAAGAAGCCAAGUGCAUAGCCCCAACUUGAACAAAUGAGAUGCCAUCGUAGCCACAGCAUGGCGGACGGGAUUGCACCUGCCAAGGAAAACGGAAAUGGAGCCCCGAGUCUAAUGUGAACCUGCCCGUCGGCCCAAAUGUAGAAAAUCGUGUGUCGUGGUGAACGAGUGUUGCAGAGCUGCUCUCAAAUGUGUGUGUGUGUGUGUGUGUGUGUGUGUGUGUGUGUGCGUGUGUGUGUGUGUGAGCAUUUUGUGGAGGGUGGGAGUUUCAGAGUGCCCCCAGGAAUGUGGUGGGUGAUGAUCAAUGUUGGAGUGAUAGUGAGUGUGGUGUGCAUGCCCAUGUCACGUGACAUGUGUGAGUAUAGGCAUGUCUCGGUGGGUGGCUGUCUGUGUCAGUGUGUCACUGUGAGUGUAGUAUUCAUGACAUGCAUCGCACGUGCCUGAGUGUACUGUGAUAUGCUGCGUGUAUAAACAUUUCCUGGCGGGAGGUGUGUGUUGCACACUGCUAGAAAUGUGAGAGUCGCAGUGUGUGCCUUGCACUCCCUGGGCCAGAGCUCAGUUAGGUCACCCUGUGUGUUCAGGGCGCACACACGCACGUGCUCGGGCCCAUGUAUUUCUGCACUCGCGUUUUGUGAUUGGUGAAGAUAAACCAAUAAAGUCAA